GUCCGAGCCGGAGUGUUGGGGCCACCCCGAGCCGUCGCAUGCCAGCAUUUCAACCCGUGUCAUACCGACCUUAGGAAAUCACUCGAGUGAAACUUGGUCAGUACCGUAUUCGACGCAACAUAACAAGUUUUCUACAGCAGCCAUGUCAGACCCCGUUGCUUCGAACUCUAGCUCCCUAUGCAUGUACAUGAAGAACUACCCUGGUACACUGGUCGCAUAUGUCAAGUAUUUCGGGAAUAUCGACGACAAUGUGGUUCAUGUCGAGAUGUCUAACAUUGACUCAAAGGGCAUGACACUUCUGUAUAAGCUCCAGUCUGAACUCUCCGAGCCAGAGUCGAUUAGGGUACCGUUUAAUCCACCGCUUUCAAAAUAUGAUGAUGCCAAACCCCGCCUUUUGAGUAUGAAGACAGAGGCGCUUAAAGGUCUUGGUAUGCUCAAAGUUCCCCAAUUGACCACAUUCCGAUUUCCCCCCAAAGCUAUCAUGACACCAUUCAUUUUUCUUGCAUACUUUUAUCUUCUUGCACCCCCACCCCCUGGCACAACAUUCUUCUCUAUCCCCGCCACCAACGUGGAUGCGUUCUUCUCCCCGGCACACGCGUUUGGAGGCUUCACCGGUUUCGGGUUUUCUGUUCGAACUCUUGCUACGAUACUCGGUGUUAUUCACAGCGCUGAAGGGCUGUAUACCUUGUCGCUUUGUAGGCGUUUCGUAAAAGGCUCUGUAGUGACGGCUGCUUAUGUGGGCUGUAGUGUGUUGUUCGGAGUUCACAUAUGGAAAGACCUCAAAAAGCGUGUUGAGGAGAAACGUACUGAAGCCGCCACGAAGUUCGAAUGAUUGACAUGGAUCCUAUUUUUAACUCACACCGAAGCGGUCCGCGCGGUAUCGAGCUAUAGGCUAAGUAUUUGAAGUUUAGUUACUUAGGUAGGGGUCUGGGACACAUUUUUCUUGUUAUAAGGUUCAGGUGCCGAUCCCACCCCACGUCGAUUUACAUAAUAUCAGUAGAGUCACCACUCGACUUUACAAAUUGUCCAUGGUAG